AUGCCGUAUAAUGUGAACCGCUUGUGCCGAUCGUUGUCCGGCCUGUCCAAAUUCCAGAGGCAGCCUCGGACGUUGUGUACGCCGACGGAUCCGGCAGGCUGGGCGGCCAGUCGGUCCGAAAUCGGCCGUGAGGCGUGGAGGGACAUCGCAUGGGUGCGCCACAGGCGGCGUAUAAGCACCCAGAAAGCGACGCCAAACCAUGUGUCGGCGGAGCGGCGCCAGUACGAGGGCGCCGGCGCAGCCUUCCACUGCGGGUGGUCGUGCCUGGGCGGAAAGCAGGCGCCGGAGCACGCCGCGCUGCUCUCGGCCAAGCGUGCUCAUUCCACUGGGCCGAACAUCGAGCGCUCGGAGGAGAUUCAGCGCAUCAAAGCGGGCAAGGUGCUUACCCUUCGCGACCUUCUGUGGCCGAGGGACCAAAUGCUCAAAAAGCGAAUCGCCCUGAGCAUGACAUUCCUGGUUCUCUCCAAGCUGUCCACUAUCGUCAUACCGCUGUGCAUGUCGGCGAUGAUAGACGCGAUCGCGGCUAACCCGGCGGCGAACGCCGGGCUGCUGAUGAACGUGGGCCUCGGGGGGCUGAUAACCACUCCUCUGGGCAUCGCGCAGGUCUACUUGGUGGCGUAUUGCGUCGCGAGGAUAUCCGCUGCGUUCUUCACCGAAACGAGGAACGCGGUCUUCAGCACCGUCAUGGAACGCACGGGUAUGCUCAAUGCGUCGAAGAUGUUCAUGAAGAUCCACUGCCUGGACAUCGACUUCCUGAUCGCGGCGAAGUCCGGUGAAAUUUCCAACGUGUUCACGAGGGGUAUCAAGGCGAUAUCGCAGGUGCUCCGGAUUCUCGUGUUCCAGAUCGUGCCGACGGUGCUCGAGUUCGCCAUGGUCACCGCCCUGCUCUGCUACAAGCUGGGCCCCACCAUCGCGUCGCUGACGGUCGGCACGAUGAUCGUGUACGUGCUGUUCACAGCGCUGGUGACGCAGAAAAGGAUGGUGCUGCGUAAGCAGAUGGUCAACGCGGAGCAGAGCGCCGCGGGCGUGUUCACGGAUUCCAUCACCAACGCGGAGGCCGUGCGGUACUACAACGCCGAGAACAGGGAGCUGCAGCGGUACGCCUCGCAGCAGUCCGAUUACGAAAACAACGCCGUGCGGGUGCAGCAGUCGCUCGCGCUGCUCAACUUCGGGCAAAACGCCAUCUUCAACACCGGGCUCUUCUUCUCGAUGUGGCUGACGCUCCGGGGCAUUGCGGAGGGCACCGCCAACUUCGGGGACCUCAUCCUCGUCAACACGCUCCUCUUCCAGCUCGCCAUACCGCUCAACCUCAUCGGGACCAUGUACCGGGAGACUAAGACCAGCAUGGUCGACCUGCAGAAGUUCCUGAGCCUCAUGCAGCACGAGCCCAAGGUGCACGACAAGCCGGGUGCCAAGGACCUGGUGAUCAAGGCGGGCAAAAUCGAGUUCAAGAACGUGUGCCAUGCGUACGAGAACAGCGUUGGGGCGCUGAAGAUUCUGCAGGAUUUCUCGCUCACCGUGGAGCAGGGGAAGACCGUCGCCAUCGUCGGCAACUCGGGGACUGGCAAGACCACCAUCGCCAAGAUGCUGUUCAGGUUCUACGAGCCCUCGGCGGGCCAAAUACUGAUCGACGGCCAGGACAUCAGGGACGUGACCAUCAGCAGCCUCAGGAACGCGAUCGGCAUUGUGCCGCAGGACGUCGUCCUGUUCAACGAGACCAUCGAGUACAACAUCAGAUACGGGAACCCGGACGCGUCCAUGGACGACGUCGUCGCGGCGGCCAAGAGGGCCGGCAUCGACGACACCAUACGGCACCUGCCGCUGGGCUACAACACCGUGGUCGGCGAGCGGGGCAUGAAGCUGAGCGGUGGCGAGAAGCAGCGCAUCGGCAUCGCCAGGUGCUUCCUAAAGAACCCGAGCAUCCUGGUGUUCGACGAGGCCACGAGCUCGCUGGACGCGAUGACGGAGCACAAGAUACUGGCGGCGUUCAGGAGCCUCAGCGCCGACAGGACCACCAUCGUCAUCGCCCACCGGCUGUCGUCGAUCAUCGAGGCAGACGAGAUCGCGAUCUUCUGCAACGGAAAGAUAGUCGAAAAGGGUGAGACGGAACAGCUCAUGGGGAACCCGAACGGGUACCUGCAGGAGAUCAUCAGAUCGAACCAGAUUAUCCACUAA